UGAUUUGGUUCGUGUUUUCGGUCGAAAGGAAAGGCGCCUGUGCAGACCGAGCAGUGACAGGCCGUGGUCUUUCCGCCGGGCACCCCGUCCUUGGCCUGCGGACUCCAGGAUUGCGAUUGGCGUCUCCGUGUCGCCGCCGCCGCCGCCGCUCCGGGCUUGAUCACAUGGGCACUGAAGUAUAGUUGAAUAAGAAACCUCAGCCAGCAAAUUUAGGAACCACAACCAGGCAAAGGUACUAAGAGGAAGAAAUGGAAGGAAAAUCAAGGCAAUAUGAAAUCCACACUCCAGUUAUUGGCAAGAAAAAGAAAAAGAAAAAACAUUCCGUGGAUACGGAAAGGCAUCAGAAGCCUUCCAGCAAAACCUUGCAGGACUCCUGCCCAGCGAACGAGCCUUUCCCAAUAACUGAGAGAGAAAAGAAGAAGAAGAAGAAGAAGAAGACCCAGCAUUGCACGUCUUCUCUGAGCAAAUCCCAAAUGGGUGACGAGCCGGGGAAGGCUGCUGUAACAUCCAAAAAGGAAAAGAAGAAGCGGAAACGAGCUUUGGAAUCGGACAAGGAGACCGGUGUUGCUUAUGUCCUUGUGAGGAAAGGAAAGAUCGAGGCCGCAUCUGCGGAUUUCAGCAUGGAUGGCAAUGGUGUCUCUGUUCAUGUGAGCAGGGGCCAAAGACCAGCCCAAGAGCCUGCGGCAGAAGAAUUGCCUUCGGUUCCUCAGGCGUGUGCAAAUGAUGCAGAAUGGCUGCAUGAGAACGGUAGGAGAAGAAAGCAUAGAAAACGGCAGCGGACGGAAACCUCUUGUGGUUCCCAGGAAACCCCGUGUGCGAGCAUUGCCCUGUACCCAUCGGAGUCCCAGCAACAGGAACCCCUGCUAUCUGCGGACCUGCAAGGGGAAACUCCAGAACACGUGGGAUUGACCGGGAAGAAGAAGAAGAAGAAAAAGAAGAAGAAGAAGAAGACUUCAAAUAACCCAGGGUGGGAGGCGUUACCCGAGCAUCUUGAGAACAUGAAUCCUGAGGGAUCGCAAGAGAUGGGGGAGAUCGGCUCUGGACCAGUCGGUGGUGCCCUUGAAGUCACGGACUUCAGUGGUACAAAGAGGAAGUCUAAGAAAAGGAAGCGAAGAUCUUCUGUUGGAAAUGCUCUGGGCGCUGGUGUUGACUCUUCAAUGCGCAGUAGCUCCGAGGACACACGCUUAGACCUGCAACGUGGUGAUUCUGCGGCAGGGGAAGGUACCUUGAUUGAAGAGUGUGUGAAUCCCCGGACUAAAAAGAAGAAAACCCAGGCCUCUUCAGAACAGAAUCUUCUGGAAGAGGGACACAGGUUAGAAUCUACACAUGAUGAAGAGAGCAACCUGGAAUCUGCUAGGCAUCCUGAAAGCUAUUUAUCUGAGGAUUCAAGAAAUUCAGAUGAUUCCGAUGUGGAUUUGGGAUCCGCCGUGAAACAACUUCAAGAAUUCAUUCCCGAUAUAAAGGAAAGGGCUGCCACUUCAAUUAAGCGAAUGUACCGGGAUGACUUGGACCGGUUUAAAGAAUUUAAAGCACAAGGUGUUCCUAUUAAAUUUGGCAAGUUUUCUAGCAAGGAGAAUAAACAGCUACAGGAAAACGUGCAAGAAUUUCUGUCCCUGACGGGGAUUGAGACGGCAGACAAGCUGCUGCACACUGACAGAUACCCCGAGGAGAAAGCGAUGAUCACCAAUUUAAAACGAAAAUAUGGGUUCAGAGUGCACAUUGGCAAAGACAUUGCUCGACCUUGGAAACUGGUGUACUACAGAGCAAAGAAGAUGUUUGACAUCAAUAAUUACAAAGGCAGGUACAGUAAAGGCGAUACUGAAAAGUUAAUGCUGUACCAUUCCCUCCAUGGAAAUGAUUGGAAAAAGAUUGGCGAGAUGGUGGCCCGGAGCAGCCUCUCUGUUGCCCUGAAGUACUCUCAGAUUGGCAGUUCCGUGAACCGGGGUAGCUGGAGUAAGGCGGAAAUCAAGAGACUCAUCAAGGCUGUGGAACAAGUGAUUCUAAAGAAGAUGUCCCUUCAGGAGUUGAAUGACAUGGAUUCUAGUCUCCGGGAUAUUCCUGAAGACCGUCUAUCAAUUGUUCGGGAAAAACUGUACAAGGGCAUCUCUUGGGUAGAAGUAGAAGCUAAAGUGGAAACCAGAAAUUGGAUGCAGUGUAAAAGUAAGUGGACAGAUGUUUUAACCAAAAGGAUGACUCAGGGCCAGGAUGUCUACCGAGGGGUCAAUGCCCUGCAGGCCAAGAUCCACCUUAUUGAAAGGUUGUAUGACAUAAAUGUGGAAGAGUCUAAUGACAUUGAUUGGGAAGACCUUGCCAGUGCCAUAGGUGACGUUCCUCCAUCUUACGUGCGAAGUAAAUUUCACAAGUUAAAAACGACCUGCGUUCCCUCUUGGCAGAACAAAACAUUUCCAGAGAUUAUAGACUACCUUUAUGAGACUAGCCUGCCUGUGUUUAAAGAACGGCUAGACAAGAAGCUGGAGAAAGAAGGCGCUGAACUCCGGGCUCCUGCGACACCAAAGCAGGUUUUCCGGUUUCGAGACAUCUUUUACAGCGAGGACGAGAGCGAGGGAGAAGACGUCAACGAGGGAAGUUAAGCAGGGCUUACCUUUCCCUUGCCCGGGUUUCCUAGUUGGGUAAUAAUUCUGUACGUGUAUUACUGCACAUGCUGCUCCAUAUUGAUGUUUGCUAAAGAAUGCACAGUGAGGCUCCAUGAAAAGAAGACUUCCUAUGCUGGAACAUUACACUUUGCCAAUGCAUUCGUACUACGGUUUGCAUCGGUGUGCAAAGAACGAAGAGCAUCGGACAGGAUUUCUGCUUUCCGCACACUUGCUGGAUGGAGCGUCAGGUGUUCUGAACAUUGAACAUUUCGUACAUGUUCUCGGCAAAAAUGAGAAGAUCUGAAAUGUUAAUAAAACAUGUCAUCUUGCAUUUUGUUUUUCCUCCUAAGUUGCUUAUGUGUACAUUUUCAGGGCCUAUAAGCAUGUGGACAGAAUCGGGACUCGGCUGGCUGCUCAGACUAGUCUCGGGUGUGUUUACCUCUCGUAUGUGGGCUGCUUAUUGUCUUGAGUGGAGCCCAGCCUUUAGAGACAGCAUAUGUUUUAUACAAGAUGUUCUCCCAAAGCAAGUCUGAACUAAAUCCAUUUGAUUUAGUUCAAAAGAAAAAGAAAAAAAAAUCACGAAUCUACUGUUCAUAGAAAAAUGUCUCUUAUGUUUUUUCCUUUUAUAUAAGCAUUUUGUUAUAUAAACAUUUUGUCAUAUAAACACUUUUCCUUCUGAAACUGGAA